AUGCGCACCUCAACAUUCGUCACCACCGCCGCGGCCCUCUUGAGUGGCGUGGUCCAGGGAUAUCUCCAGACAAUCGGCCUCCCGCAGACAAUCAAGCCCGGCGACGUGUGGGACGCGCCGGUCACGACGGCCAUCAUGCAGCCCAGGCAGGACCUCAUGAUCUGGGGCAUCGGCGAUACGUCUUCCGUCUACGCGGGAAGCAUUAGUCGCGAAUUCCACCGGACCAAUCUGCGUCAAGAGCUUUCCGGCGGGUACAAUGACACGAUCCCAAACAUCUCGAUCCCGGAGUCCCUGAACCUCGCGCCUGGAGAGUACGGCAUCCAGGCUGUGAUCUUGGAGUGGGCCGGUGCUGCGAACACUCCGUCGCUGGAGACUUGGUUCUGGAAUGUGACGAUUGGAGACGUGACGAGCGAGGAACGGGUGUGGCAGAGUGCGCACGGGGUGAAUUCGAAGCGUUGUAAUCUUGUGUAG